ACCAUCAUCCCCGGCCCCACAGGAAAAACAAGUAUGGCAGGUGAAGGUGGGCAGGUGAUGGGGGACUCCCCUUCUCGUCUCAGCCGAUUUCUGGCUGCAGUCUUUUAUGGAUUAUCUUCAAUUUUGAUAGUUUUCAUCAAUAAAUCGGUCCUGACAACAUACAAAUUUCCUUCAUUUCAAAUGGUUGGCUUAGGCCAGAUGCUGUCAACAAUUGUCAUUCUGUUCUUAGGUAAAAGUUUGGGUAUCAUCCACUUCCCUGACUGGAACUGGCAGAUCCCAAGAAAGAUAUGGCCGUUACCUCUCAUCUACAUCUUGAAUCUUGUGUUUGGUUUAGGAAGCACAAAACGUCUCAACCUUCCUAUGUUCACAGUGCUCAGGAGAUUUUCUAUAUUAUUCACUAUGAUAGCAGAAUUUUUAAUUUUGGGAGUACGAGCUUCGACAAGAGUACAAGUAGUUGUUGUUUCUAUGAUAAUUGGAGCCAUCAUUGCAGCCAGCGAUGACUUGGCCUUUGAUGCAUUAGGGUAUUUCUUUAUUCUAACCAACGAUGUCUUCACAGCCGCUAAUGGUGUAGUCAUGAAGAAGAAACUCAAUUCUAAGGAGCUGGGUAAGUAUGGUAUCCUCUACUACAAUGCAGUCUUUAUGAUUCUUCCGACUCUGGCCGUCUCCUACUUCACUGGUGAUCUAGACAAGGCUAUGGAGUUUCAACACUGGAAUGACAAUACAUUUGCAUUGUUAUUCUUUCUCUCUUGUGUCAUGGGAUUUGUAUUGAUGUAUUCCAUUGUAUUAUGUACUGGUCUCAACUCAGCUUUAACUACAACCAUUGUGGGAUGUCUAAAGAACUUGUGUGUGACGUAUGCAGGGAUGUUUAUAGGAGGGGAUUAUAUAUUCAGCUGGACAAACUUCAUAGGCCUCAACAUCAGUGUGUUUGGAAGUAUAGUAUACUCAUACAUCACAUUCAUCGAGAAGCAACCUCCAGCUAAAGUGGACCAGACAGCCCAGAAUGGAAAUGUUGAGAGUGGGGUGGCUAAAAUGUGAUCCAGACUGGGCCAGACCAUCUUUACUCCUGGUCUAUCUGUAAAUGUAUGAAGUUAACAGAAGUAGCAAGAAAUAGUCAGGCAGGACCAGCCAAAAUGUGAUUCUAGCGGGACCAAUCCAUCUUCGGACCUGGUCUAUCACUAAAUGUAUGGACUUACAGCACUAGCAUGGAAUAUUUGAAGCAGGACCAGCCAUUCUAGACCAGUCCACCUUUGCAUCUGGUCUACCAGUAGAUGCACGGACGUACAAUCCAGCUGGACCAACUUUUCUAGACCUGGUAUAUUGCGGCCGGACUACCAGCCCACUUUAGAUUUAGUCUAUUGAUGGAAGAAUGGACCUACAGCAUUUUUUUCGAGGAAUAUACCAGUUUCGUCUGUGAUGAAAUGUGGAAUUGCUUAUGAAAAGCUGCUUGCUGGAAUCCUGCAGGAAGGUCAUGGCUCUUACUUUUUGACAGAUUUACAAGAAGAAUUUUUAUAUGGGUUGUUAGUUUCAUGAAAGUUUUUCAAUCAAUAUGCAAUUUUUAAUGAAAGCUUUUACAGUGUAUGUAUAUAAGAAAUGGCUGAAAAGGUGACAGAUUUAUUUAAUAUGUUUAUAACAUGUGUGUGUGCAAGUGUACAUAGCCUUUGUAUAUCAUGUGAAUUAUAGUAAAUCAAUUAUAGACCUUAUGCAUGAGACUUCAUAAUCUCAUAGCGCCCUCCCUCAGAGGAUAUAGGAAUACAUGUAAAAGGAGUUGUCAGAGAUAGGCCAGCUGCAGAUCACCAAGUCAAUGGCUUAAGUGUAGCCUUGAAGAUGUUGGCAGGAUGACGUCUAUCCAUUAGGUCUAUUAUCAUAAUUUAUUCAGAUAAGAUUAAUUCAGAUUUUCUAUACUUCAAAUACAUGUAUUUUUCUACAGUGGAAUUUUGUAUUUGUGUUAAUAGUGCAUAUGUUUGGCUAUUAGAAGUAAUAAUGUGGUAUGGAAGUUAUUUCACUUCGCAACUUUGCAGAGAAAUAAAGUGAGUCUAAAGAAAUGAUGAAUCUUAUUUUAUUUCAAGGAUGUGAAGAUUCCUAUUCAUCAGUUUCACUGUUUUCAUAAUUGAUACCAGUAAAUGAACUGUACUGUAGUAAGUGAUGUUAUUUUUAUCCGUUUUAUAGGCUGAAAUACUUGUGCUAGCAGUGGGUGUACAUUUUAGCAAUAGCAUUCUUAACUUCCUACUUCCUGCCAAGUGCAACUUGUUCUUAUUUGUAUGUAAUGAACGUCAUGUGCUUUUAAACAUUAC